UGGUUGUCCACGCAAGAUCGUGCAGGAAUGGUAUAGCGGCCGUCACAAUGAAGUCUGUUUUAGUUUCGUUGUUGAUUCUCGCGUCUCGGGUGAUCUCCUCGCCUCCGCCCUCCGGGGUGAACGUGACCGACGACGUCGAGCUGGCCGGGGACUCUGAGGAGGUGACGGUCCACUACGACCUGGAGGACCUUAGGACCACAGUGUCCGAGAGACGCGCACUGGACCUCACACCUCCCGCGAACGCCAACGCGUACAAUGACGACCCUAUCCUGAAGAGAUUCGGAAGCGACUACUUCCUCAACGAACAACACAACGAGACCGUCCCUGUGUCGACAAACGCUCCUGGCGUGAUUCAAAAAGUUUCUAGAAAAACCGCGGUCGAGGAUAAACAGUUCCAAGAUAGACAGGAUUUCGUACCCGAUCGUGAGGUCAAUCCGAACAUUAGUGGAGUGAACUGGCUGCUCAACAUAUUCAAUCCCCAUCACUGGAACCCGGUGUCGCUCCCCGGCAGUGAGAACAUAUCCGACGGGUGUACGAGAGAUGUGAGAACCUACUUGAGGGCGCUGAGGAACGGCACCAUCUGGGCGGCAAAGAUGACGGACGCCAGUGGUCGCUACUCCUCGCAGUUCUUCUUCGGCAACGACUUCUACCUCGGGUCCAAGACGCUAUGCAGGAACAUCCAGAACCCCGUCGUCAACACCGCUGUCCCUCCCUUCCUUGUCAGCUUCCACGUGGCCAUCAUCCGACUGCUGCUGCCUCCGGAACUUACACCUAGGGUCCGUCAGAUCUCCCUGGGGGUUUGUCUACCACGGAGCUGUAGUGGUGAGGACAUCGCGUCCCUGCUGCGACCUCAGGAUGCCUUCUCUCCCUCACACUCCCUGCAGGUGCUGAGGGUACGACCGGUCCCUGGACCAUACUCUCUACUGCGCGACCCUAAACUGCACAUCCUUGGGACAGUGACAGCCAUAUUGCUGGUGUUCAUGUUCGUGGGGACAGCCUAUGAGAACCAUCUAGAGAGGAAACAGCGCAGGAGGGAAAAAACACCUUCCAACAACAACAGAGCCGAGGCGGCCGACAAGCUGGCAUCACCAUUGGACAAGAUCUCUCCCCACCACCACAUGGGCGCCAAGGGAAACUCUGACUCUGACAUAUCUACCAGUGACUCCUUCAGAGAGCCUGUCAGUGUGGUAGGUCAGGUGUUUCUGUCGUUCUCCGCACUCUCCAAUGCUCGUAAGAUCCUCCACUGCGGUGCUGCUCCCAAGGACUCUCUCACUUGUGUACACGGUCUACGCUUCCUCAGUCUUGCCUGGGUCAUAAUGGUCCACACCUACCUGCAAGUGUUCGCUAUUGCAGAAAACAAAACGCUGCGUACUCUGACUGAGAAGAAUUUCAUGUUUCAAACUGUCAGCAACGCCACCUUCUCUGUUGAUACUUUUUUCUUCAUCAGCGGACUGCUUGUCACAUAUCUAUACUUCAAAUCUCUCCGGUCUGAGCCUUCUACUCGCAGAGCCAUCGACUGUGGUGCAGAGUUCACUGCAGGUGCAAAGAAGUUCUUCACAUUACUUGGAUACCGUUUUGUCAGGUUGACGCCAGCCUACAUGUUUGUGCUGGGAGUGGCCGAGCUCAACAUGCGUUGGGUCAAGAACAUCUCUGUGUUUGAGCCCGUAUCUCUGGACAACGUCAACUGUGAGAGGUAUUGGUGGCGCAACGCUCUCUAUAUCAACAGUCUGUUCCCCAUGAAGGAUAUGUGCAUGUUGUGGAGCUGGUAUCUCGCCAACGACACUCAGUUCUACGCUGUUGGAAUCUUAAUAUUGCUCAUAUCUGUCAGGCAUUUCCGUGUUGCAGUAGCAGCCCUUCUGGUGUUUCUGUUCACUUCAUGGCUGACAACUGGUCUCAUAUCUGCUGAGUAUCAGUACAAAGUCAGGGUGGAGCAGCCUGAGUUGCAGUUGUUUGAUGCUAUAUAUGACAAGCCAUGGACUCGCCUCGGCCCCUACCUUGUGGGCAUGUUCUCUGGAUGGUUCCUCUUCAAGACAAAGUGCAAGGUUCACAUAUCAAAGUUCACGACCGUGGCGUGCUGGUUCCUGUCGCUGCUGGUGUUGGCCAGCCUGGUCUAUGGAGUGUUGAACGCACAACUGGACAUCACGGGUUCAGCCAUCUACACAGCCCUCGGUCACACAGCUUGGGGCGGAGCUCUCAGCUGGAUCGUCAUAGCUUGCUGCACGGGUCACGGUGGUUACAUAGACACUCUGUUGUCAUGCCGCCUACUCCAUCCUCUGUCGAGACUGACAUACUGCGCCUACCUCAUCCAUCCUGUAUUGAUGGCUUCUGUCAGCUUCCAGAUGGACGGUCCCCUCCAUCUUCACAAUGGUCUGGUUCUGGUGUUGUACUUUGGAAACGUUGUAGCUUCUUUCUUAAUCUCGUUCUGUAUUUCAAUGACAUUCGAAGCUCCGAUCGUUCGUUUGCUCAAAGUCGUGACUUCUCCCAAGCCAACCAGGACAAAUUCUAUUGAAGAAUAGUGCAUUUCAUGAGGGUAUUUAUACUUUAAUAUAGACUGUUGUGUGUGUGU